UCUGCUUAAUUUCUCACGGAAAUGUUACUCCACCUUGUCUCCGUAGUAGAGCCAUAAGUGAAUGGAUGGAGCAUGUUUUCGAGAAACCCGUAGAACCCGUCGGAGAUGGCCUGGUGUUAUGGCAAUCUGGGAAGAAGGACGUUCACAUUGAGGAAGAACGUCAUGUUCGAGCCAACGAUCGGGACUACAACGAGAGAUUCAGUUAUGCUGACAAUCGCAUCAAGACUGCAAAAUACAACGUCUUCACCUUUCUGCCCAUUAACUUAUUCGAGCAGUUUCAACGUUUUGCGAAUGCCUACUUCCUCGUGCUGCUGAUACUGCAGUUGAUUCCAGAAAUCUCCUCUCUUUCGUGGUUCACCACUAUUGUGCCUUUGGUGUUGGUGCUGGCCAUCACAGCUGUCAAGGAUGCUACUGAUGAUUAUUUCCGCCAUAAAAGUGACCAACAAGUCAACACCCGGCAGUCUCAGGUACUCGUCAAAGGAAAACUGCAGAAUGAGAAAUGGAUGAAUGUACGAGUGGGUGAUGUUAUCAAACUUGAGAACAAUCAGUUUGUUGCUGCUGACCUUCUCCUCCUCUCUAGCAGUGAGCCCUAUGGACUGUGCUAUAUCGAGACUGCAGAGCUUGAUGGAGAAACCAACCUGAAGGUGCGCCAAGCCUUGACUGUAACCUCAGACCUCGGGGACGAUGUUGCCAAGCUUGCAGACUUUAAUGGGGAAGUCAUCUGCGAGCCUCCUAACAACAAACUGGACAAGUUCAUUGGGACUCUCUACUGGAAAGAUAACAAGUACCCCCUGGACAAUGAGAAAAUGCUCCUGAGAGGAUGUGUGCUCCGUAACACUGAAUGGUGCUUCGGCUUGGUUAUCUUCGCCGGACUCCAAACCAAGCUGAUGCAAAACUGUGGGAGGACAAAGUUCAAAAGGACCAGCAUCGAUAAACUGAUGAACACCUUAGUGCUGUGGAUCUUUGGCUUUCUGAUCUGUAUGGGGAUCAUCCUGGCCAUUGGGAACACUAUUUGGGAGCAGAGUGUCGGCAGUGACUUUUGGGCAUAUCUUCAGUGGAAGGAACUGACAGUCAAUGCUGUCUUCUCUGGCUUUCUGACCUUCUGGUCCUACAUUAUCAUCCUUAACACGGUUGUGCCCAUCUCACUGUAUGUUAGUGUAGAAGUUUUGCGGCUGGGCCAUAGUUACUUUAUAAACUGGGACAGACGAAUGUACUACGGCCGUAAGGACACUCCUGCUGAAGCGCGGACCACCACUCUUAAUGAGGAGCUGGGCCAGGUGGAGUUCAUCUUCUCCGACAAAACAGGCACCCUCACCCAGAACAUCAUGGUGUUUAAUAAGUGCUCCAUCAAUGGGAAGACCUACGGUGAUGUUUAUGAUGAGUUUGGACAUAAAGUGGAUAUUACAGAGAAAACACCCUGUGUGGAUUUCUCCUUCAAUCCACUGAUGGACAGGAAGUUCCGUUUCCAUGACAGCAGCUUGGUGGAGGCCAUCAAGCUGGAAGAGCCCCUGGUGCAGGAAUUCUUCCGUCUGUUAGCGCUCUGCCACACCGUCAUGCCAGAAGAGAGAAACGAGGGUGAGCUGGUGUAUCAGGCACAGUCCCCGGAUGAAGGAGCCCUGGUUACUGCAGCUCGCAACUUUGGCUUCGUGUUUCGAUCCAGAACUCCGGAGACCAUCACUUUAUAUGAGAUGGGACAGGCGGUCACCUAUCAGCUGCUGGCCAUCUUAGACUUCAACAAUGUUCGGAAGAGAAUGAGCGUCAUUGUGAGGAACCCAAAGGGGCAGUUAAAGCUUUACUCAAAAGGAGCUGACACAAUACUCUUCGACAGGCUGGACCCGUCUAAUGAAGAGCUCAUGUUUACUACCUCAGAGCACCUUAAUGAGUUCGCCGGGGAGGGUCUGAGGACAUUAGCGCUGGCGUACAAAGACCUCGACGAAGACGUGUUUGACGAGUGGACGAAGAAGCUGCUGUUCGCCAGCACUGCACUAGACAACAGAGAAGAGAAACUGGGCGCUCUGUAUGAAGAAAUCGAGCAGGGCAUGAUGCUGCUUGGAGCUACAGCCAUAGAGGACAAACUUCAGGAAGGAGUUCCAGAAACUAUCGCCUGCCUGACCUUGGCCAACAUCAAGAUCUGGGUGCUUACCGGGGACAAACUCGAGACGGCGAUGAACAUCGGAUACUCCUGUAACAUGCUCAGAGACGACAUGAACGAGGUCUUUAUCAUCUCAGGUCACACUAUGCUUGAGGUUCAAAAGGAGCUCAGGACAGCUAAAGAGAGAAUCAUGGGACCCAGCAAAGAUAAAUUCAGCAGUGGUCUCGACAUGGAAAAGACAGAAUUGUACUCAGUUGACUCUGUCUUUGAGGAGACUAUCAUUGCAGAGUACGCUUUAAUCAUCAACGGACACAGUUUGGCUCAUGCCCUGGAAGCGGAGCUGGAGCAGAUCCUAGUGGAUGUAGCGUGUCUGUGUAAGACGGUGAUCUGCUGUCGGGUCACUCCUCUGCAGAAAGCCCUGGUGGUGGAGCUCAUCAAGAGGCACAAGAGAGCCGUCACGCUGGCUAUUGGAGACGGAGCUAAUGACGUCAGCAUGAUCAAGACUGCUCACAUCGGCGUGGGCAUCAGUGGGCAGGAGGGCAUGCAGGCGGUCUUGGCCUCUGACUAUUCGUUUGCCCAGUUCCGCUACCUGCAGCGCCUCCUGCUGGUCCACGGCCGGUGGUCAUAUCACCGCAUGUGCAACUUCCUCUGCUACUUCUUUUACAAGAACUUCGCCUUCACACUGGUGCAUUUCUGGUACGGGUUCCUCUGUGGAUUCUCCGCCCAGACUGUAUAUGACCAGUGGUUCAUCACACUCUUCAACAUCGUCUACACCUCACUUCCUGUUCUGGCCAUGGGUCUGUUUGACCAGGAUGUGAACGAGCAGUACAGUUUGCGCUACCCCAACCUGUACAGACCGGGUCAGCUGAACCAGCUCUUCAACAAGAGGAAGUUCUUCACCUGUACGCUGCAGGGGGUCUACACCUCCUUCAUCCUCUUCUUCAUCCCGUAUGGAGCCUUCAUGCUGGCGGUGAGAGACGACGGCGCUCAAAUCUCCGACCAGCAGGCUUUCGCGGUCACCAUCGCCACCUCUCUAGUCAUCGUGGUCAGUGUUCAGAUUGGGCUUGAUACAAACUACUGGACUGCGGUGAACCACUUCUUCGUUUGGGGCAGUCUAGCCGUUUACUUUGCAAUACUUUUUGCAAUGAACAGCAACGGGAUUUUUACCAUAUUUCCCAAUCAGUUUCCCUUCAUAGGUUCAGCACGUAAUUCUCUGAAUCAGAAGAUCGUGUGGCUGGUCAUCCUCCUCACCACAGUCGUGUGUAUAAUGCCCAUGCUGGCAGUCCGCUUCAUCAAGACUGACCUCUAUCCCACACACACUGACAAGGUGCGUUUACUCCAGCAGGCCACAAGGCGGCAGCGUCCUCAAGAGCAGAACCUCAGGAGAGUCCGCAGGACCAGCUCUCGUCGCUCGGCCUACGCUUUCUCCCACCAGCAGGGAUACGGAGAACUCAUCACCUCCGGCAAGAACAUGAAGGUUCCCACAUCCUCUACUUCUACAUACCCACUGUCCUCACCCUCCCGAGCCCCCGAAGAGAAGGACAACACCUCAGCCAACAGCAGGCAGAGUGAGCACAAACAAGAGGUCACGGUGGAAGACUUGGAGGCCAGAUAAAAGCCCUUUACUUAGCAUCUGAAGAUUUAGCGUCUGUGUUUAAUGAUAAUGGAUUGUGAACAGACUACAGGAGGGCUACACAUGCACAGGAGACUCCAAAGAGCCAGCACAAUGAAGCACAGAUCAUUCCUUUCACCUCAUUUCUGCUCUCUUGCAAAUCAGUUCCCGUCUCAAAGGGCGUCCGUUUAUAUUGAACCCGAGAUUCAUUUUUGUAUUCUCACCUCUUCUGGCACACGAUUCAAAAGGUUCGAUGUUUUCUCAGAAAGGCACAGUUUUUGUAUUCCAGGUUUUAAGAACUUCUUUUUAACCCUUUAGGUAAUUUUUUAGACACUCAUGUUCAAAGAAACACUACACCUUUUUGGAGUUAAAGAAUUGAGUUAAGUUCAUUCAGUCGAUCUCUGGAGCACUUUUAGCUUAGCUUAGCAUAAAUCAUUGAAUCAGAUUAGACCGUUAGCAUCUCAAAAAUGACAAAAAAGAUGUUUAGAUAAUCUUCCCAAUUAAAGCUCGACUCAAAAGCAGUGACAUCGUGAACUUAGACUGAUGGAAAGUGAAAAGAUGUUAUUUUCUAAGCUGAUGGAACUAUACUCUCAUUCUGGAGUAAUAAUAAUGAAGGAACUUUGCUUUCUCGCCAUGACUGCAUUAGGCAGAAUGAUACGCAGAUUCCAACUAGUAGUGCAAUCAUAGGUGUUGAUUCUGGAGACUAUUUUCAGAUGAUGUGUAAUAUCAUUGCACUGCUACAGCCAUGGUAUGGCAGCAAAUCUCCUUGAUUAAUACACCUGAAUGACAGUAUAGUUCCUAGCCAUAUCAAUCUAGAACAUAGCAACUUUCCAUUUUCCGUCAGUCUUAGUACACAACAGAAGUGUAAAUACAGAAGAGUCAAGCUUGUAAAUAAAAAAUAUAUAAUUUUUUUGUUUACAUUUUUUAAUGAGAUGCUAAUGGUCUAAUCCGAUUCAAUGAUUUAUGCUAAGCUAAGCUAAGCUAAAAGUGCUCCCGCCAGACCUGGAGAUUGCCUGAAUGGAUUAAAAAAUGGUAAAACUCAACGGUUAAACUGUAGGAGAGCUGUAAAAGAGAGCUGUAAAUUCUUACAACUGCUCCAGGGUUUAAGAGUUGAGUCCAUUCAGUUGAUCAGUCGGUCUCUGGAGCACUUUUAGCUUAGCUUAGCAUAAAUCAUUAAAUCAAAUUAGACCGUUAGCAUCUCAAAAAUUACAAAAAGUGUUUCGAUAAUUUUCCUGUUUAAAGCUCGACUCUUCUGCAGUUACAUCGUGAACUAAGACUAAUGGAAAGUGAAAAGAUGUUAUUUUCAAAGCUGAUAUGGAACUAUACUCUCAUUCUGGAGUAAUAACAAUAAAGGAACUUUGCUGCCAAACCAUGUCUGCAGCAGGCACAAUGAUACGCAGAUUCUAACUAGCAGUGCAAGCAUAGGCGUUGAUUCUCGAGAAAUCAAUCUAGAAAAUACAACUGUUCAUUUUCUCUCAGUCUUAGUAAACAACAGGUAUAACUAGAGAAGAGUCAAGCUUUUAAAUAGAAAAAUUAUCAAUUUUUUGUUUACUUUUUUGAAUGAGAUGCUAAUGGUCUAAUCCAAUUCAAUGCUUAUGCUAAGCUAAAAGUGCUCCUACAAGACCUGGAGAUUGCCUGAAUGGAUUAAAAAAUGGUAAAACUCAACUGUUUAACUGUAGAAGAGCUGUAAAAGUAGUCUAUUUUCAACAGAAGUGGAGUGUUCAUUUAAACACGAGACAAGUGGUCUAGUGGAGAAAAUAUGUGCAGGCGUGUGAAAUAAUACCUCGUAUUUUGUUAUAAAGCCAUCUGAAGCGGUUUAGGGUUAUUAUUAAUGCAUUGCAUAUGUGAUAUGGAUACGUUUAAAGACCUGGUAGUUGCAUCACAGUUCACUAAAUGCCCCCCAAAUGCAUAACGCUACUGGAUGAGUAGUAAACAUUAGGAAUGUGCCAUUUUGAUGCCGUAAAGAACAUGCAAUGAAUGUGCAAGCAAGCUUAUUUGACCAAUUAAAAUUGCAUUUAAAAGGUUUCAAAAUAAAACAUUCCUCUAUGCGGUAGUGCUUUUGCAUGCAGCUCAGUGAACUGGGAAUAUUGAGUUUUUACACUACGCCGUGCCUUCCAUCAAGCAUUUACACGUUUAAACUUCUACAAUUCCACAUCUAUCUUAUAUAAAGAUCUACAAAGUGGGCAUUUCUUUCAAGGGAUCCUUAACGGAAGGGAUUUUUGUGCCUUUUUGUUUUUCUUUCACUAAAGGAAGUGUUUUUCUCUCUUUCUGAAUGUCUCACGCUUUGUUCAGGCACAUUAGCUGCUCAGUCUCUAUGUUAAAGUAGAUCAUAUUUUCUUAUAGGGGGCCGUGCAACAUUUCCUCUUUGCGAGUGUACAGCUGACAUGUUAAUUUAUUGUCAUGUUUAAUAUAUGACGGAUGUAUGAGCUCUUUCUGCUGUGCUGUUUUGUCAGCAAAGACCACGCAGAUUGUUUGUUGUUUUUAUUUAAAUGCAUGGAUUUUUAUACGAGUCAUUGUACAUUUUUUUGAUAUGAAAUGCAUUAAAUGGCCAGUGUUUCAUUUAUUUACAA